UCAAAUAUGGGGGAACUGAAUCAGCUGUGUCCUAAUCCAGAGUGAAGUGACCAAUGUUUACAUUAUUCUUUCAAAAUAUUUUUUAAUUAUUUUGAUCGGGGUUUUACGUGAAUUUUAUGGAUAUACUUUAUUUCAAAUUGUCUUAUACACAUACGAACGUGCAAUGACCUUUUAGAUAUGCGGAAGAAAUGAAUGUUUCGAGAAAUAUUUUCAGCAAACUGAGAUUUUUGUCUCGUGAAAGAUCGUUCAACAAUAAUUCUAUCAACAAGUAUUUCGAUAUUUCAACUUCUCAACUGUGUGAAAAAUUCUAUAUGUCUCCUGCCAUCAUGACUAAAUUCAAAGUUCUUAUUGUCAACGAUACACUACCAACAGUAGCUGUUGAUAUUUUGAAACCAGUUUGUGACGUUAUAAUAUGUGGAGAGGAAAAAAGUGCUGUAUUGGAAAAUAUUGCUGGUGUAGAUGCCUUGUUGUUUGCUUCCUACGAUAUACGGAUUGACAAAAAUCUUCUCGAAAAAGCAGGACCUAACCUAAAAGCAGUGGCAACAAUGUCUGCUGGUUACGAUAACAUCGAUGUGGAAGAGUUGAAGAGGAGAGGUAUUAAAUUUGGAAACACUCCAGGAGUUGUAGGGAGUGCUGUGGCCGAACAAGCAAUCAUGUUAGCCUUGGCAGCUUCUAGAAGGCUCAAUGAAGCAAGAUCGGCCAUUGAAAGUUCUGAAUGGUCUUACAAAUUCGAUGCUAGAUGGCUUAUGGGUAUGGAAAUAUCUGGGUCAGUUGUAGGUAUUGUGGGACUGGGGAGUAUUGGUCAGAAUAUAGUUCGAAAACUGGGAGGAUUUGAUGUGAAACAAUUUCUUUACACUGGACGUAAACCAAAACCAGAAGGUGAAAAACUGAAGGCACAGUUCGUAUCUUUGGAUCAAUUGACUCAAGAAAGUGACUUCAUAUUUUCCUGUCUUCCUUUAACUGAACACACAAGAAAUAUCUUCGACUAUGACCGUUUUUCCAAAAUGAAGAAAACUGCCGUUUUUGUGAAUGUUGGUAGAGGUGGCUCUGUGAAUCAACCCGACCUGGUUAAAGCUCUUCGAGAAAAUUCGAUUUUGGCUGCUGGUUUAGAUGUUAUGACACCAGAACCUUUAGAUCCUAAUGAUGACCUCCUAAAAUUACAAAAUUGUGUUUUGGCACCUCACUUGGGCACCAGUACUUGGAAGACGACAGAGAAAAUGGCGGAACUAGCAGCUAACAAUAUUCUGAAAGCCUUGAAAGGCGAACCAAUGUUAACACCAGUUGUGUGAUAGUAAAAGGAAUCAGCAGAA